GUAAUCCUCCGAGCCCCUCUGAAUCUAUGACAGCUCCUGGGCUCGAUAUUGCAUUUCUGGCUGUUUAAUAUUAGCACAUUACAAAGAUUUUGUAUUUUGUGCCUUUCCUUAUUUGCAUGGUAGUAUUACCAGACUGUCUAAAAAACUGACGUUAGCUGCUCUUUCCGGCUAACUUAUUAACCGGUAACAACACAGCGUCCAGCUGACGGAACACUGAGAUUGCUAGCCAGCUAGCCCAGCUGUCUCUCGAGUCGAACUGCCCUUUGUCUUUACGAGCAAGGUAGCUAGCAGGCGUUGUUUCUCCUCUAGAUUGGCUGACACCGGCUUUUGCAAAUUAUUUUUUUACGCCUGACAAGAGCUAAGCAAACCAAGAUAGGCGGCUUGGGAACCAAGAUGUCGAACCGAGUGGUGUGCAGAGAAGCAAGUCACGCCGGGAGCUGGUACUCUGCUUCGGGAUCCCAGCUGAACGCACAGCUAGAAGACUGGCUGUCCAAAGCACAGUCCACGAUCAGACCUGCUCGAGCCAUCAUAGCGCCGCAUGCUGGCUAUACCUACUGUGGUGCUUGUGCAGCACAUGCCUACAAGCAGGUUGAUCCUUCUGUUACUCGUAGGGUGUUCAUCCUGGGACCUUCACACCAUGUGCCCCUCUCCCGCUGUGCCCUGUCACCUGCAGAAAUCUAUAGAACACCUCUCUAUGACCUGAGAAUCGACCAGAAGGUUUAUGCUGACCUCUGGAAAACUGGGUUGUUUGAGCGGAUGAGUCUGCAGACAGAUGAAGAUGAGCACAGUAUUGAAAUGCACUUGCCUUACACUGCUAAAGCCAUGGAGAGCCACAAAGACGAGUUUAGCAUCGUCCCUGUGCUUGUUGGUGCCCUGAGUGAGUCUAAGGAACAGGAAUAUGGAAAGCUGCUCAGCAAGUACCUGGCAGACCCUUCCAACCUUUUCAUUAUCUCAUCCGACUUCUGCCACUGGGGUCAGCGGUUCCGCUACACAUACUAUGAUGAAUCUCAAGGGGAGAUCUACAGGUCCAUUGAGCAUCUUGAUAAAAUGGGGAUGGGCAUUAUAGAACAGCUGGAUCCCAUGUCUUUCACCAACUACUUGAAGAAGUACCGCAACACCAUCUGUGGGCGCCACCCGAUUGGAGUGCUGCUAAAUGCUGUGGCGGAGCUGAGGAAGUCUGGUUUAGAAAUGAACUUCUCUUUCCUGAACUACGCCCAGUCCAGCGAGUGCAGGAACUGGCAGGACAGUUCCGUGAGUUACGCUGCCGGGGCACUCAUCGUUCAUUGAGGUCGACUUUCGCAGGGGCCACUGCAGCACCGUCACCCUGCCCUUACUAUCUAUCGCCAUAACCCAACCCAGACACCCUCCCUCUCACCCCACCCCCAGUUACGCCCACUAUUUGCAGGAAGGACCUAGACACUCGAAGCCAAUACAGUCUUCUCUCUCUGUCUCUCUCUCAGCUCUCCUCCGCCUUUCUCCACCCUCCUCUCAGUUUGAAGUGUGUCUCAGAGCUUUUGGUUGAAACAUUUUGUUUGAAGUGCAGUUUUGAGAUUAUGUAGGAGCACAUGGUUAGAGGAGACAGGUGGGAAGAGUGCGCAUUAGUUUGACUUGGAGUAACCCUUGGGAGACUCACUCUGGUUUUUUGCAAGGACUGUCCCUUGUUUCCCCCCCUGACAGACUGAUGGAUUUGAGUUGUAAUAAUGCAAUCUUUACAUUUGGACUCUUGGCGAUCUGUGCUCAUGUAAUUUGCCUCAGAAAAGGAAUGAAAAUAAAAUUGCAGAUCUUAAUUGAGAAUACUGAAAUUUUGCCAGAAGAAAAUGAAACGAGUGUUUGACUGACUGCUUCAAGCUAUAUGCGACUUUGAGAACAGUGUCAUAGGUAAUUACUACCAUUGCUCAACAUAUGUUGUAGUUGCUAACAAAGGGCUGCACCCAACAAAGUUCACUAACCCCCGACUGUACAAAACCAAAAACUUUAUUACUCUGAGUUUAUUAAAUAUUAUCAUUUAUCCACAUUUUACUCCUUUUAUUUCUCCCUUUUUUAGUAGUUUUUUUUUAGAUGUGAUGAUAUUUACUCAAGUAGUGUGUAGAGUUGAACAAAAGCAGUGUGGUCAGUUAAGCUCUAAAGCCAUCAAUACGGUUCGCCCAGUAAACAAGUGGGUGCAACACUGCUCCCAGAUUCCAGUUAUAUUAUUGUAGCACUGUAGAUCUGUUUUUUACGACUACUACAGAAAUUGGAUAUAAUUUAAAUUACUCCCAACACUGACACCUCUAGUCUUUGUUUACACUGCCACCUUGAAUCUGUAGUUGUUGAAUUGUCAGAAUAGGAGAACCGAGCGAAGAUUUCUUUUUUGCCAGACUUGUAGGAAAUGCCUUUUGCUAUACACUCAGCUCUGUAAGAGCAGCAAAGCCUUUGUUUUGUUCUAGAUGGUCCAGUUAAAUUGUAGGGACUCUCAUAUCUGUUCCCUCUGUAGUAACUUACAUUCUUGAUUUAAGAAUGCCAAACCUUAUUGGUAAGAUUUAAGUCUUCAUCCUUAUUCAAAGGUUUGCAUUUCAGAUUUAUUGCUUCUCAGUGCAUGAGAAUUCAGUUCAGAAUUACUCCCGAGGCAGUAGCUAAAACAAGAAAUAGAUAGCCUGAGUUUUAAUAUCCACACAAAGUCAUUAUGCUUUGCUAAAAGGUUUAAGAAUCUGCCCAUAAAUGUGACAGAUGUUGCUCCCUGCUCUAUAUUAUUGGAUCUGAUUCUGCAAUAAAAACAAAACAAAGCAAGAAUAUUUAUAUUAUGAAAUAUCAAGCAUGAGGAUCUCAGUUAUUUACAAAAGGUAGUGUUUGUAGUGUCAUGUAGCCCUGCUGCCUGAAAUACUCCUGAUAUUUUCAUCGAUAAACAAACUGCAUACAAAAGCUGAAUGCAAAAACUUGAUUCAUAGUGGCAGUCGAGGCUUUCAAUGACAAUAUGAUAUAGGCGGACCACAGCGUCUGCUGUCCUGUCCUUUGAUAUUCGAGUGUCACUCACUGACUUUUUUGCUGCUGAAGUAUUCCCUCUUAAAGGAUGCAGUCCUCUAACAUCCCCCUUGGCAACACGAGAGGCGUCGCAUUUAGCAUUAAGCUAUAAUGUCUGGUUGAACCAAGUAAACCAAGUGAACCAAGUGACUGACGUUAAUUUAAGGGAACUAGCAAAGCAUGACACACUGUGCUAUUGUGCCUUUGAUCACUGUUGCACAUAUACAUUUAAAGCGUAUUCUCACUUUUAGUCUUAUUUUAGAAUGUGUUCUUUCAGUUUUUGUUUUUCCACAUGUACCCUCCCCCCAUGCCUAAGGCCCAACAGUGUCUCCAGCUCACCCAACACUCCAGGAGUGUGUGACCUGUCCCCUUCAUCUGUUGGUCUAAAAGGGCACCAACUGUUAUCUCCUUUCUCCAGCAGGGAGUGGUGUUCUGUUUUCUCCACCUCACCUCAUUCCUGUAGAGAGACAAAGGCUGAACCUCAACACUGUUCAUUUUCUGUUUAUGGAUCUUUGUUUGUCUUUUAGAAAUUGUUUUUGUAUUAUUUUCUCUUGCUUAGAGAGUAGGAACUUACACGUCAAAAACCUAAAAUAUACUACUUAACUACUCCCUAAAUGGAGUUAUUUUUAUCUCAGGUUCCACUGACAAAGCAUCCCAAAAGGCUCUUCAGAUAAGGCCGUGGAUUCAUGUUACAAAACAAGUAAAAUGUACUGA